AUAGCCAGGGUACUGUAGGAAACGACGCCGUACCAGCUGACACGGACAUCAUCUCACGCGUGCCGUAUAUCCAAUCAUUCAUAGUUUUCGUUCAUUGCAAAUCGCAAUUGCUCAAAAUAAUUUUGGGAGAACAAAACACAGAAAAAUAAGAACUUCUCUUCUUGUAAUUACGUUUGGCUCCAACUAAUCGGAUCCAUCAUUUAAUUCACCACCUUCCCCUGUAACCCAACACAGAUUACAUACAUCGGAUUCAUCGAUUCUUUCCUUCUCCAGAUUCCGAUUAUUAUUAAUUAUCAUAUUAUUGUUAUUCAAUAUUCAUGGCGUCGAGUUUUGAUCGAUGGGAAAAAGAUCCUUUCUUUAACGCCGCGGAAGAAGUUCAGGAAUCUGCAGACAGGAUGGAAUCUACGUAUAGAACAUGGAUUCAUGCAAUGAGAGAUGCGUCCAGCCCAUGGAACUGUGAUGAACUCCGCCGAGAUCUACAAACUACCCUUGGCACUGCUAAAUGGCAGUUAGAGGAAUUUGAACGGGCAGCUAGGUCAAGUUAUAGCAAAGUUUCAAGUGAGGAUGCGAGAAAUAGGCACCGGGAUUUUAUUCAUGCCAUCGGUGGCAAGAUUAAGAAAGUUGAACAUUCGUUACAAGAAUCUGUUCAUUCAGGCAGCAAGGCGUCUCUGCCUUGGAUGCGUCUAGAUGAAGGAGAACGAGAUGAGCUUGCGUCGUUUCUUUCUGGAAUACCGGCUGCUGGGGGCAAAGGUCUCAUUGAAUGUGUUGGCAGAGACUGUGAAAGUCUGCAAACUAAUUAUUCAAGCAAUUUACUUGUUUCAUCUGGGUGGGGUUCAUCCGAAGCAGCACCGGAGAAGUCACAUGGGCAUCGCAGGGCAGCUAGUGCUGAUGCUGACAUUGGUAAUUGGAAAAUCACUGUUUCUGACGAUGUGCAACAAUCGAGUUCCUCCAAUGGUUCUUCUGGUCCUACUCCUAUGCAUAAGGUAGCCAGUCUCUCUGGAUUUUUUGGUUCCAUGGAAACCAUCUCUAAGUUGAAGUGGCCUAAGAAUGGCUAUAGAAAGCUGAAAGCUGUUAAUCCUUGUGAAGAAGUGGAUAAGGCACUGCUAGCACCAGCUGGAUUGAAUGGGGGCAUCAAAGCAUACUAUGAAAGAAGUAAGAGUUGCCUUGACAAUGGUGAUGAAUGUUAUGAUAAGCAACUCCAGGGGUGGUAUGGGGCUCUCCAUAGGCAGCUUCAAAGAUCUCAAUACCAAAUGCAAUACAAUCGGCCAGUUCAAAUGGCUGUAUGGGCUGUUAUUCUCCUUUGCUUUAUUGGUAGGCUCCUGAUCUUAGUUUGUGUCAGUGUGUCUGCUGAAAUGCGUGCACUUUGAAAUUGGUGGAAUUUCACCUUCUUCCCCUCGUUUUUCUUCUUCUUAUUUUCCCUAUAAUUGUAGGGCCUUCUUGAUGAUGCUUUGCAUUUACCGCCCUCCUUUGGUUAUACAACUUUUUUUGUCCCAUUUUAGUUUUUCCUGGUUCCUUUGUUCGUGAAGCCUUUUUCAUGAUAUCAUUGUUCUUGCUUUUUCAUGCUUUCUUUAUGUGCAUGAUUUUGUUGCAGCUAUUAUAUUUCACAUAUAGAAAUGAAGCUAUUUUGAAUUUAUAGAACUUUAUUAUGCGCUAUGCAUACUGUCGGGGGAACUUCCAAAUAUCAUAUAAGAAUGAUACAGAAUGUGAAUGUGAAUGUGAAGUGGUGAGAUUUUGUCACGAUUGCCCCUUCUAAAGUUUUAUCACUAAGAAAUUUUAUAGUUGGCUGUUUUCACCUACCAAGGGGUGUUCUGUGUGCAUCCAUGUGCAGUUGUGCUUAUGUCUUGGUCUAUAGUACUUGGUAACUGUUUGAAGCGUUGUCUAUAUGCCUCACAGGCCAAGGAAUACUGAGAAGCUAUGUCAAUUCUAAAUUCUCUUUGCAAUUGUUACUUUUAUCGUUUCCUUUGUCCUCCUCCCUUUCUUGCAAUAGUAUAUGUUGGCUUACAAUUUCGAUUUCUCUGCAGUUUUAAUUGCUUUUUGCACGAUGUAGAAAGGAAGAUUUAGAUAAAUUAUCUAUCAAUUUCUGGUUGCGGCAGGCAUAAUUGGGAAUGGACAAACAAUCUUUUGAUUCGAGUUCAUAUGAUCUAUGUUGUCGCUUAAGCAAGCGAGAGUUUUUUAUCUGGUUUCUCGCUGGCAUACAUGGUGUCGAUAUAACAUUUCAAGUGCUUUGAUAUUACUACUUGAGUCUUCCAUUAUACCUAGCAGUAGCAUUUCCUUACUUUUUUCUUUUUCUUUUUUGCUAUCUAUUUUUCAUUCACCUAUUCCAGAAUGGUCUCAUGAAGAUUGAAGAGUAUUCCCUCUUCGCUGUUGUACUAUAUCACAAGAUGUAAAUGACGAAGUCAAUGCACAUAAUGUUGUAACGAAUAUGAUGUCUUAUUGAUGCGAGAACUGUGUUGUGUACCAAAGAUUUUAGCUUUUGCAUGUAUAAAAUAAGUUUAUUCAUAAGAUAAAAUAAAUUAA